UGAUGUCUCACUUUCUGCGGCAGAACUUUAAUCAGCCCUGUCUCCUGAAACUGAAGACCGUUCCCUUCUAGAUAAUACAGAAAUAGAACCGUGGCCCCUGGCCAAAGAUAUCCGUCUCUCCUGGCCUGACUUCUCUCUCCGAUCCACUGAAGGAGAAUGGCGUUGCUGCUGCUGGAAGGGCUGCUACAGCAUUCACAGGGUCCUCAGCCAGACUCCUCUCUUCUUCCACCUCAGGUUGGAGUCUUCACAGGCACUUCCAGGUCUUCAGAUGACACUGCUUUUCCAGUCGAUGGUCCUGUUUCUUUGACAUUUGGGAUGGACUCCAGGCACUCCAUCAUGAGCCAAUCUUCACCGCUGCUCUCUAAAGCUCUCCACAAGAGCACUUUAGGAGGUCUUCCAUUUGCCAGCGAUGUCCAGAUCCUCCAAAGGACUACUUCAGGUUUUAUAGCUCCAGGCUACUCACACCAGUCCCCCACAGCAUGCACAAUUUAUACUCGAAAUGACCCCAACUGGAGCGAUAAAGGCCAGUCCAGAUAACCCUGGAAAUCCCUUAAAAAUGUGGACUGGAGGUACCAUUAGGAAAGUAAAAAGUGUGAGAGGGCACAAAUAAGAUUACGUCACGUUUUGCACUUGUGAGAAUGGGCAUUCACCAUGAAACAUUGCCUAGUACAGGUCCAGCUGUGCCCACCUCCACCCACAGUGCCCUCACCAGCUGCACACUGAGGCACAUCUGCGGGUAACCACCUCACUGACUGAAGAGCGCGGGAAGCAGCAUCACGUGAUCUGGAGAGGGAAUCCCUUGACGUCACUGCCUAAUCUACAUAUCUAUCGUCAGGAGAGGGAGGAUCUCCCCAGCCCAUGGUGUGUGUCUACUGAGGGAUAUUUAAAGGAAUGGGGAGGAACAGAACAGAUGGAACUGAGCAUCUGCCACACAGAGGACCCAGGCAGAAGACAGGAACAACAGACAGGUGUCAGCAACAGGGGAAAUACAGAUAUUGAAAUGACCCUAAACAAAAUAGAGAAACUGGGGAGUAUGCGGCAACACAGAGGAAGUCUUCCUCUUCCAGCGGACUCACGUCGGCGAGGUAGUAUGCCUUUGCCCUACAAGCAUCAGUUGAGGCGUGCACAAGCUGUAGAUGAGCUUGACUGGCCAAGUGUCCAUUCCGGGUCAUCUGACUCUGUGAGGUCUUCAGACAGUAGCUCGGAGCCUGGUGUCUAUAAAGUGAUGCUGCUUGGUGACAGUGGAGUAGGAAAGACAACUCUUGCUGGCAUAUUUGGAGGCACACAGGACACAUUCUCCCAUGAGUCUGAACAUCCAGAAGACACCUAUGAGAGAAAUCUAAUAGUGGAUGGAGAGAAAACAACACUAAUGGUAUAUGAUAUCUGGGAACAGUCAGGGCCACGUACCUGGAUGCAAGACAAUUGUCUACAGAUGGGUGAUGCUUUUCUUCUAGUCUUCUCAGUGACAGAUCGUGGUAGCUUCCAACGUCUGCCAGGUCUUCUUCUAAGGUUACGCACCACCCGUCCACAUCGACACAUUCCAGUUAUUCUGGUUGGCAAUAAAGGAGAUCUAGCACGCUCUAGAGAGGUCAGCAUGGAAGAGGGACGCUCCCUGGCUGGCAUGUUAAGCUGUAAGUACACAGAGACAUCUGCUGCCCUUCACCAUAAUACUCAGGAGCUGCUUGAAGGGGUUGUCAGGCAGAUUCGUUUACGAAAGGAUGAAGGAGAACGUCCUCCUCAGACAGCCACCCUCUUGCCACCAGGACGUAGAGAGAGUUUGACAAAAAGAGCAAGGCGACUGUUGCAAGGGAUUAUGGGGAAACAUAGAGGAUUCUUCAAGCAAAGAUCGAAAUCGUGUCAUGACCUAUCUGUGCUGUGAACUAUCCCCACCAUGUGCCUCAAGGGAGACAUGUGGCCAGUCUAACUGAGGAGGCCCUUAUCACCAUCCGACAUGGGGCUAUAUCAAUAGCAUAUGUGCUCCAAAGAAUAUCCACAUCGUCAAGCAAACCUGGACUUGUGAUCAAGCAGGAAUGGCACAAUAUAUCACCAUAUUUAAGCUCACUGCUUGAUGUGGCAUUCAUGAAAUAUUCAUUCCAUUUCUAAAGGUUGCAAUUGCUUAAUGAUUAAUAACAGGAUAAUGUUGCAUUUUCCUCAUUUUGUAAGUGUUGCCCCCUCCUGUUUAUUGACAAUAAUCUACUGCAAACUGCAAAAAGAAUACAAGUGUAUAGCCAAAUCGUCCUUGAUUGUACUUUAUUUUACGAUCAAAAACUCCCAUAAGUACACAGUGUCCGA